UCGUGCUUCCUUCCUGACUCCUGAGGGCUGCGACUGCAACUGCGAGGCGGCGACCCACCGGCGAGGAGGGAGUGACCGACGGCCUUUGGAGGCGGUGGCUGCUACUGCGGCCGGUGGGCUGCGACUCCUGCAAGCCUGCGACUGGCGGCGACCGACGGGCGACGGCGAGGUGAUAUCAACAUUUGUUCCCCCGAAAUUAAUUUCAUAAUACACCAGUAAAUGAAGUCUAACAGCAAAGCUCUGCUUGAUUUGGAGGACAAAAGCACACCCUCUGCUUCGUCUUUGGAAUCGAAACUCAGUUUUUGCGAUGGAGAUGAAAGUUUUCUGUCCCGAAGUACUAAACUCAACCCUCCUGAUAAGAAACCUGCCAUUUCCUCCAUUCCUCAGAGCCAAUUUCUAGGUAAAGUGAAGGAUUUCCUGGGAGUGAUAUCGGAAGCAAAUAAAAAUUUGGAGCUUGAUGCGAAAACCAAUCCAGGGAAGAACUACGAUAUAGAAGCUCUGACUGGGGAAGAAUCUGAAUAUAUUGAAAUGGACUUGAUGCUCGGUGUUGCAGAGCUGCAAACCGAGGAAGCUGUAGCUGCCGCUGAGUCUGCAUUAGCUGGUUAUCAACCGGUGAUUCCUUUGGCUGUUAGUAGUAGCGAGACAGAAUCAGAAGAGAGCAGUGAUGAUGAAGAUAGCGAUGGAGAUGAUGAUGAUGACAACGAGGAUGGUGAUGAAGCUGAGAGACCUUCUCCUAAAAAGGGGAAAACUGCUAAGCCUGUUGAAAAGGAUUCUUCUUCAAAGAAUAAGCAGCCAAGAAAGAGACCAAAAAUUGUUGAGCUUUCAUAGGACUUGCCUGGACAUUGAAUAUAGAUGAGAGGGAUCUGCAAAUUUUUUCUCUAGAUUGAACUGGAAGUAGUUCCAAGAAGAGAGGAUUUUGAAUGUGUACAUUAAAAUGAUGCAUUGUCUCUACAAAGCCUAUUGUUUCCCUCCUUAUUAAGCACAAAAUUGUACUGUACUGUACUGUAAAAUGAGAAAAUAUUUUAAAUUACAAAUUAUUAAAAACCUA